UCCAGAAGUAAAAACAGCAAGAAUCCUAUCUGAACAAUGGCUGAUACAUUUAUAAGGACAGAUACUGAGAAGCAGGGUUACCUUGGUAACCUUGAAAAUCACACAAAAACUCAGCUUGAAGAACUAUUAAAAAGACAGCAGAAGCUGCUGAACAAUAAAUCAUUCAUCAACAAACUUCCAGACAGGGGGAAGAAAAUACGAACAUUUGCAGAACAAUUACAACAAAAGAUAAAAGAAUUAGAAGUUGUGGAUCAGACUGCAUCUUUAUUCACACAAAUGAAAAUAAGGCCAGAAACAAACAUUGAGGAUGAUGAUCCAUUAAAACAGAUGCUUAAUCCCAGGAUUAAGGAGAAACAGAUCAACUAUGAAUCUGAUGAAUCCAAUAGCUAUGCUAAAGUCAUACAGAAGAUUGAUUCAGUUGAACCCAAAACGCACUACCGGGCCUACCAGACUAUAAAAGCCAAGAACAUCAGUGAAAUCCCAAAGGAUAAAUUACCCUCACAGUCACCUAGUGUUAAAGACAAUUGUGUAAUCAUGGAGACAAAUACAAUAUCUAGAAAACUAAAAAACAAAGGCAAAUUAACAACAAUACUCGAAUCAGACAGUCCUAUUGGCCAGCCAGUUGAGACAAUAGAUAAUAGAACUGUAUUAUCAAAAGAUAUCCCUGAUGAUGUUAAAACUGAUAAGUCUAAAGGUGCCAGCAAGAAAACAAUUCAAUAUGAGGGUGUACUUGCAUAUAGACCUAAAGGGACACAUGAGUCUAGUAUAACUCUGUCAAUGGAGGAAUCUCUCAACCUACAAAAGGAGCAAGCCAAAAAGCAACAGACACUUCAAGCGAUCCAGGCCAGUGAGAGACUUGCUCAAACAGUGGGGGUGAAGAUGCAGCCAUACAAUCCAGAGGGGAAUACCAUUACACAAAGUUACCGUGACAACAAGUCUGGAAUGUCAGAUGACACAGACAGUGACGAUGAUGAGAAUGAACAGGUUGAUUAUCCAGAGUGACAGAUAAAUGGGGACAUUCUCGUAAUCAAGAACUCAGAUCUAAUGGGAGAUUAGUAAAGUAACUCAAGAGUCAAUACAUUUAAAUUUUGUCUCGGAUAUUGUGUCUGGCUGUUUGAAAGUACAGGU